AUGUACGAGACCGAAACGAAGAUACAUUACGCUCUGGACAUGCGCCGCACGCAAAAGUCCAAGGCUUACUGCUUCCUUUCAAGGGCGACUCGUCGGGUGACCGCACAUCAGUCGUGUCUGUCAAAGGCCAUCGAGAUAUUCAGGCGGAUGGCCUCCAAGCCGUCGCCGCUGGAGCAUUCUGCCAAGCUUGGUUCUAUGCUAUCGGAUACGAAGGUCGGCCCAGACAGGCAAAGAACAUCUGAAAACUCUUCGUGUAGCAUCACGGAUCAGGACACGGGAUGCAAUUUCGGCAUUGCUUUGGACGGCAUGGCCGAGACCGCCGAAGAAGACUUCAACUUAGAUCCAGCUCAUGAGUUCCGGACUUGGAACCGUGAUAAAUUGAGAUGGGAGCACAAGGAUGAGAAGACAGGAUCAAUGACCUCCGCCCCUGGUCAUCUGGACUGA